CUUAUUCGGAUAAGACCACAAUCUUGAAUACACUAACCCCAUUGGUUCUCACUUCCUAUAUGCCCAAUUUCACCCAUCUCCCCUUUUCUGUCUCACCACAAAAUUCCAUCUUCAACCACCACCAAUCGCCAUCCACCACCACCACCACCACCACCACCACCACCUCCAAUGGCAGCCACACUAUCCACCACCAUGGCAAUGCUUAAUGCCAAGUGCAUCAAGCCCUUAAAGCCAAUCCCCACCAAACAAAUCUCCAUCCUCGCCGUCCAAAACCUUCCCAAAUCUCUCACCACCUCAAAACCCGCCACCAUCUCCAUCGCGGGAACCGCCAUCGCCGGAGCAAUCUUCUCCACCUUGAGCUCAUGUGACCCUGCUUUUGCAGCCCAGCAAAUUGCAGACAUCGCGGAAGGAGACAACCGCGGAAUCGCGCUUUUGUUGCCGCUGGUUCCGGCCAUUGCUUGGGUGUUGUACAACAUUUUUCAACCUGCGGUUAACCAGAUCAACAGGAUGAGGACGAAAGGAGUGGUGGUUGGGCUUGGGAUUGGUGGUGGUUUGGCAACAUCAUCUGGGCUGUUUGCGACACCAGAGGCGGCAGCCGGCGAAAUCGCGGCGGUAGCCGAGGCGGCUGCUAAUGACAACAGAGGGCAGCUUCUGUUAAUCGUGAUCGCACCUGCUAUUCUUUGGGUGCUCUACAACAUACUACAGCCUGCUCUUAACCAGAUCAACAAAAUGAGAAAUUAAUUAGUGAUAUAUAAAUUGGGUACAUUGAACUUGUAAUCUUGUAAUUGUGUUCCUUAUUAAUGAACUUCUCUUGGAAUAUAUAUAUAUAUUGUCUUUUAGCC